AUGCCUCCAAAUACCCCCUAUGUCAGACUAGUAACUAUCGGCGCUGGCAGGAUCCCCACCAAUCCGGCGGUCGGGGAGUAUUGGUCUCCGUUUAUCGUGUAGACAGCUUACCUCGCCCUUGCUCUCCCCUUCAGCGUAGUUUCUCCCCUCUCCUACCUAUGCAGUGCCAUGCGACCCCUCCUUUGAAGGAGAAGUCGCCGAUGCCAUACGAAAGUUGGGCAACAAUAAGGCACUCGGAAAAGACGGUAUACCCGCUGAAAUCUUCAAGUCUUGUGUCGACACUCUGGCGCCCUGGCUCCAUGAGGUGACUGAACGAGCGUGGAGAGACGAAGUUGUUCCUGAUGACUGGGGCUUAGGCAUCCUUGUACCUAUCCUCAAGAAGGGAGAUAAGACGAGAUGCGAGAACUACCGCGGCAUAAGUCUCAUCGGCGUUGCUGCGAAGAUCUUCGCUGUUGUCCUACUCAGGCGAUUCCAGGCUGUACGCAACUCAAGGACGAGGCCCAACCAAGCCGUAUUUCGUGCUAGACCUGGAUGCGCAGACCAGAUAUUCACCCUGAAACGCAUUCUCGAAUUUUGCCAUAGCUACCAACAACCGACGGCCGUCUGCUUCACUGACUUUGCUGCCACGUUCGAUUCCGUCCAUCCUGAGUCCCUGUGGCGGAUAAUGGCGCUAGAUGGUGUACCGGCAAAAAUCAUCGCCAUGAUCAAGGCCUACUAUCGCUCCACCACUGCGAGAGUCCUGGUCCGCAACAAUCCUUUCCAACCGUUCGGUAUUCGGUCUGGCGUUCGUCAGGGCUGUAUCCAGUCACCCAUUCUGUUCAACUAUGCUAUUGAUUGGAUCCUCGGGAGGGCCCUACAAGAAGGUGACGGCGUUGAGUUUGCACCCGGACAUCGACUGACUGAUCUCGACUAUGCCGAUGAUAUCGCCUUACUUGCCCCAAGUUUUGGUGCUCUGCAGUCUAUGGUGUCACGGGUGUACGAGGUCGUUAAAUCGAUCGGUUUAUCCAUAAACGCUGGGAAGACUAAACCGUUUUCAAGCUGCAUCCCUGACCAGGAGAAGGUACCCCUCGGGAUUGCUGGCUGUCAACUUGAAGAAGUAGACAGUUUUAAAUAUCUCGAGCGAGACUGCUGCCUAAUGGGCAGAAUAAGGACUACAUCGUCUCCCGAGUCGAUGUUGCCCGCUGGGUUUUCCCAAGCCUUCGGAAAUGCCUAUGGAUCCGACGUGACCUCUCCAUCGUCAUUAAGAUUAGCACGUACUGUGCAUCUGUCCGGUCUGUUCUCCUCUAUGGUUAUGAAUGCUGGGCUUUGCGCGUGAAGGACGGGCGAAAACUAGAGGUAUUUGACCACCACUGCUUGGGGACCAUCCUUCGAGUAACGUUCACCGACUUCGUCUCAAAUGAGACAGACCGCGCUCGCUGCGACAACAUCGCAAGGAUAACUCGGGUCAUCCAAAAAAGACGACUGAGGUGGUUCGGACAUGUUCUUAGUCGUCCACCUUAGGAGCUUAGUGUUGCUGCCCUCGAUCCGGCAGCAUUAUCCCAUUGGAGGCGUCGAAGAGGGGGUCAGUUCAAAACCUGGCUCGACACAGUUCGUCAAGAUAUGGAGGUGGUUCUUGGACCUUCAGUAUUCGGUCUCUGUCGUUGGCGAAGGAAAUGGGUGGAGCUGUCCAGAUCUGCUGCCGCGGAUCGUCACGCGUGGAGAGGUACAGUUCGUGACAUCAUUGAGGCCGGCUAGAUCAGGCAUGAUCGCAGCCGUGUCAAGUGUAUGCAGGUCGAGCCCAUAGUGGUAAUUCUGCCCUCGCAAGCGAUGACGUAUACCGCGUACUUCGUGGAGUCGGCGCAGCGCCGGUUAGUUAUGAUUAAAUUGGUUUAUUGUAAGACGGCCUUGCGCAGCAUGUCCCGCACUUUCUCCUCCCUUGCCCAACAGUGUCGAAACGACCGGAGGUUGGCUCGGUCUCAUUGGCCAAAUAGCCCGUCUACGCGUGCCACACACACGAUCUGGUCCGGCGGCAUGUACAAGACCUCCGUAACGGCGACUGGGGUCUCGCGUUAGUAAUGUGGCUAGGGAGACCACAAUAGGAGGUGGUCGUUUCGGCCUGACUCCCAGUCCUCCAGUCACUCCAAGCUACUGCCUUGAAGAACGAGUUGCCUCUAGCCCGGAGCGGGGUUGAUAAAACGAUUGUGUCGAAAAAGGUGGCACCAUCUAUGGACCAGCCGACCUCUCUUGUUUUGUGAACUCCCUUCCUCCAGUAGAAUUGCCUACCAACUCACCUGUUAGAUCAGUUGUGAAUUCCUGGAGACAAAAGUGCCUGCUGAUGGCACAAGUUGGUUCCAUCGGUCGAGCUAUGUGAGCGUGAUUAAGAUCGCGAAAAUUUCUUAACUUAGGCUACAGUGCUGACGAAAAUGAGACCUCUGUUAAGUUGUAGUGACUUUUCGCUGAUAAAUGUACCGGCUCCUCAUUCUGAACAGUAUUCGUGCACAGAGCUCCUCUAUGUACGGUAGGUGGGCUAACUCAUGAAAUGUCAACCAAAAUUCCGAAAUACGUUUUCGUUUCGAAAAGAUUAAUUAAGUGGGGUUGUAAAAUUAAUCAUUAUGCAGCAUAAUUCUAUAAUAAUUCAGUCACUCCAGGACGUCGACUUUUUAACGAACUUCUUUCCGGCUGUAUGCAAAAAGGACACUGUAAAAAAUGACGACUUAGGUGGCAUGAAUUUUUAUCAUUGAUAUUCUACGCCUCGGUAGGAAAUUACGUCUCCUUCCAAUAUCAUACUCGAAGGGAGGGUGUGAUUCGGUUUCCAGAAUCUUUUCCAAUUCCCGAGUAAUUAUGAACCCGGACCUGCCGUUACAUUUGGAUUCAGGGUUUCCAAACUACAAACCGUUUAUUUUCCGCGUACGUAAAACCACACACUUCUGUACGGUAUUAAGAGGAGACCAUACAGGUUUUAUAAGAUUUAGCAGUGAAUUUGAUCCAUAUUGUUAACUUUACAAUCCAAAUUGGUAAAUGCAGAGACAUGAAGUUUUAUAAACGACCUUUUCACGGUUUUAAAAAGUCCCAUAAUUAGAAACUCUUUCAAAACCUAAUUAUGUCCCUCCUUUGAGUACAAACUUGAAAGAAGACGUAAUUUUCUACCGAAUGAACAAAAGAAGCAAUAUUUUUAUGCAUGUUUUCCAUGAAAUAUAAUUGAACUUUUAGGGGCAUAGAAAAUCGAUGAGAAAAAUGUAUGCUACAUAAGUAGUCAUUUUUUUACAGAGUGUAUUUCUUGCAUGCAGUCGGAAGGAAGUUCGUUCGAAAGCCGGCAUCCUGACGUAACUGAAAUAUUGUAGAAUUAUGUUGCAGGCUGACUAGUUUUACAAGACUACUUACUUAAUCUUUUCGAAACGAAAAAGCAUUUCAGAAUUUCGGUUGACAUUUCAUGAGUUAGCCCACCCACUGUACAGUUAUUACUGCUCUUAAAAAGAAUUGACAGAAAUGUUCCCCAAUACAGUCACUUUGCCGAAAAGGGGUCAUAGUUGGGGGAUUUUUUUCGAAAGCAUGUGAGUCCUUGCAGGCACGAGAUGAGCUUUUCCCGUAACCGCAUCGACUGAUUUCCACGAUACUGAAUGUUUCCGCUCGCAACCGACUGAAAGAGCAGCUUCGUCCAAUUUAUGAAUUUUCAUGCGAGCAUUAGUACAUUUUACCCCCCCUCCCUUAACCAAACGCAAGAAAUGAUGGGACCUGCACAACACUAACAGCUUGAGCGAUAUUUUACCGCCCAUAUGGCCACUCAGUGGGGCAUUUACAAUCGCAGAAGGAAGUCAAAAAAUGAGCGGAGAUAACGAUGAUGACUUCGAUUUGAAGACAAAUCUAAGUUGUUUCGUCCGCGGAAAAAUCGCCAGUAACUUUCAGCAACUAGAAAAGGCGGGCCCAACGUUCCAAUUUUUCCUUAUCUUAUCUGUGGAGAAGGAUGGAGUAUGUGGACUUCCGUCGGUGGCAUACCAUAUUAAAGCAUUUUUUAAAAUAUGGAACAUAACAGCGAGGAUUUCCCAACUGAUAAAAAGCAUAUCUAUCCCAGACCUCAGUUGUGGACGUUGUUUUUAUGUUGGCAAUGAGGUUUAAUGCUUGAUCCGUCGCCAAAUAUGACCCAAACGGCCGUCUGCGGGGAAAAUAACGCUCAAGAACUCAUUACUUCGGUAAAUACUUUCGUUAAAAACCUUAUUUGGAGGUUUUGAUAGACAAAAGUUAUACAGCCUACCUUCUAGGCCAGGUUACUAAAAAUACUGAAAACGACCAAGUGUUCCGUGACAUUUUCAUGGACAUCCUGCCACUCAGUGGGCUGAACCAUCACCUAAGCCUACACAGUACUUUCAUUUAAAAAAACUCCCAUAAUACACAGAAAAUGACACUUUUACGAUUGCAUCUGCUGAUCUGUACAAGUUUAUUAAUCAAAGGCAGACCUCAUAACAUGGAACCUCAUAAAAACUUUGAUGCUUGUGAAGUCUCUAUCAGCGAAUUAAAGUGAAGUCAUCUUUUCUCUAAUUAACCGUAUCUCGGACAAUACAAUGAUGGAAAAUACAUCGAAUUCUUGCAACAAGCUUUCAAAACACAUCAGCAAACAUUGUGCACCAGACUUUGCGCCAUACUUUACGUAGUACUAAUUCUUUGAGCAUAUAUACUGUAAAUGCAUGUGCCGUUUUAGUUACUCAGACUUCGUACACUUUUGAGAACUCUGUCAACUCGUUUGAAACAGCUUUUCGCGUUUUCGAAAUUUCUACCUUUCUUGGGAAAACUGUCCUUUUUAGCCAAUGAACUGCUACUUCAAAUGCUGCUUCGGUGUUUUCACUUAACCUGGUGUCGUUCAUUAUUGGUUUGGUGUUUUGGUGGAUGAAUGUGAAGUGGUUUCCGACUAAUUACAGAUUUUUUAAUAAGUCAGUAGUACUUCAUUGGUAAGGUCACCUGCCGUAACAUUCUGGGGACGGGUGUCCAUCCCACUGGCCUAUGAUCAAGACUUCUUCGAGUCAAUGCGCAAAUACCCCGUUCGCAGUGGCAUUCCUCACGUAAGAGGAGUAUGCUCUCUCUCUCCCUCUCUCUCUCUCUCUCUCUCUCUCUCUCUCUCUUCUCUCUCUCUCUCUCAGGAAUUCCCCCUGCUUACUGGAUGUCGGCUAAUUUUCCUAGGACAGGUUUUAGCGAAAUGAGGAGAGAGAAAAAUCGAUCAGCAUGAGGCCGGCCAACACAGCUUGCCACUUUAAGUUAACUUUCUGGUCGAUUAGGUGCAGUUUACGCUUUGACAAUGAAGAGCCGACCCAGCUCUUUGAAACGUUAGCAGUUAAAUAAACCUGUUCCGGAGAGCCAAUUUUCUUCUUCUAAUGUACUUGUCUGGUCAAGCUUUUCUCAAAAACAACCACCUCAGGUAGGAAAUAAUUUAGAUAGCAGAAAAUUUCGAAGUUCAGUGACUUUCUGAGACAUCCGUCCGAAUGCGUGUGCAGUUAGCCGUUGGAUGUGGUAAGUCUGCGCGCCUCUUGUGUCCGCGUGCAGCGAAUGCGGGCGAAGGGCCUUCACGCCAGCCCGGACACUGCACUCAAUCUCAUUACUCCAUCACUGGUGCUUGGAAGAGCGAGAGGGAGAGGGAGGGAGAGAAAGACCAUCCUCUCGUACGUUUGCCCAUGAAGAUAUUACCUUUUGGUGCCAUUUCGAGUCAUAUGUGAAGGUGUGCAAAUUUUCUAAAUCGUUUAUGUUUUUCGGGGUGACCGGGCCGGCUUAUAGCUACCUUUUUUCCCUACAUCCCAGACUGAUGCUCCUCGGUGACAGAGGAGCGCUCACCGAUCGCGUUACGGAACUAACUCGUCCCGUCGGGCCUUACGGGUUCUCUCUCUCUCUCGAGCCCCGCCAGCAGCCACACAGCGGCGCAUGAUAUAUAGGCAGAAUAGCAUUACCAGCAAAGGCAAGGAAGACUGGGAUGGUCAUUUCUGGCUUAUUAGCCGUUGUCAGCCACACAUACCCAACCCCGAAGUGUGGAACACCCGAGAUUCGAACUUGCAACCUGUUAGUUAGAAGUCCGAUGACCCAUUUAUAUAACAGUGAUUUCUAAGACACCAGAUGUCUCAUUCUGGGGAAGUUCGUGUUUGCACACUUGCUAAUUUCUUUCAUUGUCUAGACGUCUGCAUUUGGCUAUAGACCUCGAGAGUGAUAUUUUUGACCCUAUGUUCACCAUCUUCGUUUCCUUCGACUACAGGGGUUCAUUUGAGGUUAGGUGUCUACGCCGAAAAUAAUAUAUUUGGAAGUAUGCUUAGCUUACAUGUUCGCAUGGUGGCAGCGUACGCCGUAUAGCUGAAGAAAAAUGAAAAUAUAGUAGCGUUUUUCGGCAACAUAAUGGGAAUUAACUUCGAUUGAGUCGGUGAAAAUUUAAUCAUAAUGACGUAUGGAUAUACGGUCAAGGUGUCCAAUACUAAAACGACUCAGAGCUUAGUAGGAAACGUACAGUUUGUCGGUGUACACGUUAAUAUACGAUGACAUUAUUGGGUUGAUAAUAUUGUUACCGUUGUCACAGGCAUUAUGAACAGCGUUAGAGGGGCGCCCACCGAUCGUUUUUAUGGAACUCACUCGUUCUGUUGUGCCUUAGGGAUUCCUCUCUCGAGCCCAACUAGCAGCCGCACAGAGGCGCGCAGUAUAGGCAGAAUAGCAUUACCAACAAAGGCAAGGAAGACUGGGAUGGUCAUUUCUGGCCUAUUAGCCGUCGUCAGCCACACAUACCCAACCCGAAGGCAGAAGGAGAUAAUCGACAGUCGAGUGACCAUACCUGGCUUAUUAACUGUCAUCUAUCAGCUAUAUGAAAUAGAGUACAAGUACGCUCACCGACCACAUUAGGGGACAUACUCGCCCUGUUGUGACUUGAGGCUUAAUCUAGAGCCCUGCCAGAAGCCACACAGCAGCUAGGCAUAUGUACAGAAUGACAUUAUUGGCAAAUAUUGUUUCUGGCUUAAUAACCGUCCCGAGGUGUGGAAUACCUGAGGCUCGAUCCCGCGGCCUGUGGGUUACAAGUUAAACGCCCGAUCGCAGCCGACAGGAUAACGAGCUCGUGGUUCAACGUCUAAGGCGUUGGAGAUCUAAUCAACAAGUCACGAGCCUCAGGACUGCGUACCUCUGGGCUGGGUACGGCUGCUUGCUGACGGCUAAUAAGCCAGAAAUGGCCCAUUCAGUUCUCAUUGUCUUUGUCAGUAAUGCCAUUCUGCCAGAACUUCUCAAGCUGAGCCAAGAAGGGACUAAUGCUUGGCUCAUGGCACGUGUUGGUCUGUGUGGGGCCUUAACUAUGGCGUACGUAGACGGAGCCUUUCAUGUCACGCUAAACACUGCGCCCAACCUCGUUGCCUUGGAGAGGAAAGAGAAACCACUGUUGGUUUUUUCGUGCCGGACUUCAUAGAAGAGAAAUAAUAGACGGGGAGAAGACCGCGCAUAUAUACAGUAGGUGGGCUAACUCGUGAAAUGUCAACAGAAAUUCCGAAAUGUGUUUCCAUUUCGAAAAGAUUAACUAAGUAGGGUUUUAGAACUUAUCAGCCUUCAGCAUAAUUCUAUAAUAAUUCAGUAACCUAAAGAUAUCGGCUUUCGAACGAACUAAUCUCCGACUUCAUGCAAGAACUAGGCCCUGUAAAAAAUGACUACCAAUUGAGCAUGCAAUUUUCUCAUUGCUUUAAGAUGCCCUUGAAAAUUCAAUUAUAUUUCAUGGAAACCAUGCAUAAAAAUAUUCAUUCUUUUACUUAUUCGGUAGAAAAGUAGGUCUUCUUCCGAUUUUACACUCGAAAGAAGAAUAUAAUUCGGUUUUAAAAAAACUUUUAUAAUUCCCGAAUAAUUUUGAACCUGCUCUAACGUCACACUUGGAUUCAGGGUUUCCGAACUACAAGUUGUAUAUUUUCCGUGUACGGAAAACCAUACCUUUCUCUACGGUAUUAAGUGGACACCAUAAUGGGUUCAUAAAAUUAAGCAGUGACUUUGGGCAAUACUUUUAACUUUACAAGCCACAUUUGUAAAUGUAUAUACAUGACGUUCUAUGAACGGCCAUUUCACGGUAUUAAAAAAGUUCACAAUUAGAAACUUUUGGAAACCAAAUUAUACCCUUCCCUCGAGUAUCAAUUUGAAAGAAGACGUAAUCUGCUACCGAAUGAGCAAAAUAGUGAAUACUUUUAUGCAUGUUUUCUAUGAAAUAUAAUUGACUUUUCAAGGGCACCGAAAACCAAUGAGAAAAUUGUAUGCUACAUUGGUAGUCAUUUUUUACAGGGCCUAGUUCUUGCAUGAAGUCGGAGAUAAGUUCAUUCGAAAUCCGACAGCCUGAGGUAACUGAAUUAUUAUAGAAUUAUGUUGCAUUAUGAUUAGUUUCACAACCCUACAUAAUAAAUCGUUUCGAAACAAGAGCGCAUUUCGAAAUUUCGGUUGACAUUUCAUGAGUUAGCCCAACAAAACUUCAGAUCAAUGGUUGGCGGGAUUUAACAUGGAAUAUAAAGGCCAUCCGGUAUGAAUGGACAGUGAGAGAUUGUGCUACAAGUACCGCGAUGACACGGCUUAAGAUCACCAGAGCUAUUAGGUGGUCUGGGACGCUUAUUUCAUGGGGGUAUCUUUGUGCCUCUCCAACCAGCCAACGUCCAAAAGUAUACGAAAUAACUUCCUCUUUUGUUCUGAGCCUGCCAUCGCCCCAACAUAAAUUUGUUUUUCUUAUUACAAUUAUGACUAAGGAUCUCCUCUAGGGGUUCUUAACCUUCAGCGAGUACUAGAUCCUGCCGGACAACACACCUCCAGCCCCCGAUGGCAAGGUUCACAGUGUGGGUGAUUGUUCGAGUCCGAGGCAUGCUGGGUUAACCCAGUGGCCCACCUGUGCUCAAUGCUAACUACAAAACAGCCGUCGUUUUGCUACUGACCUAUCAAAAGAAAGCUGCUACAGAACAUCACCGAAGCACGCUUCUGCUUCUUAAUUUGGUAGCCCCGCCGAAAAUAUGGUCUCCAUCAACAGUAGACAGUCCGAAUAUCUACCAAACCGGGUGCAGUGGCGUACUCCCUUUAUGCAAGUCUCAACCGCUACCACACCUAAGUUUUUGUCCUCCUAUGGCUGGAGGCAGUAGAUGUGGAGACAGUACCAACGCAAAUUCUUCGGUCUUUAGUGCCAUUGAAGGGUUUCUGGGGACUUUGUGUUUUUACUAAUGUAACUCUGAGGUGCCCGCGCGGGCACAACGGAUUUGCUGUCAACUGCACAACCUCUCGUGACUGCUGCAGCUGAUUGGUCAGUUCGCAAAAAGAAACCUGUCCGCGAAUUCGGCCAUCCUCUCUGCUGUCUGGGCAGAGACCGGAAAUUGUCUGCUGAAAGUGCAGCAGGUGGCGUAUCCCAUAAAAUGUUAACCAAAAUUCUGAAAUGUGAGUUCAGUUAGGUAAGAUUCCUCGGGUGGGAUUCUAACACUGACUUGCCUUGUUUAAUUUCCGAGGAAAUUAGUGCGCGAACUUGGAGUAAAUCUUUCGAAACGGGCUUUUUCAGGCACGCUUCAAAUUUUGAUAUGAAUAUUUGAGCUGAAAUUCAUCAGCUACUGCGGAAUAACCACGUAAUAUUCACAAACCGCCAACAGGCAGCCAGUAGUAUAGAACUGUGCAAUGAUUUACCGUACCAACAACACAGGUAUUAGCUAAAAGCCCACUGGCAGUAUGUUAUUACCGAGGAAGACAAGGGAGACUGGAAUGGUCAUUUCUGGUUUAUGAGCAGUCUUCUGCCAGUCAUACCUAACCCCGAAGUAUGGAACCCCCGGGGGCUCGAACUCGCGACCUGUUGGUUAGAAGUCCACGCCUCUAACCACUGGGCCACGAGCCCGUUGCCCUGUCCCGGAGAUUUUCCAGCCCCGCUAAGAUACCGUCAUUUGAAUGCUCCUCUUUCCGGCCACCUGCAAGACCUACACCCGGUAAAAGGGACUGCUCAAGUAGCGCACACCUUUUUUCUUCGAUUUUCACGGAAGAAAUACAGCUUGUUGUUUUGAAACCCUGAAUGCAAUUGUGGCAGCAGGUCGGGUUCAAAAUUAUUCGGGAAUUAGAAAAGUUUUUGAAAACCGAAUUAUACUCUUCUUUCGAGUAUGAUAUUGGAAGAAGACGUGAUUUUCUACCGAAUAAGUAAAAGAAUGAAUAUUUUUAUGCAUGGUUUCCAUGAAAUAUAAUUGAAUUUUCAAGGGCAUCGAAAAUCAAUGAGAAAAUUGCAUACCACUUAAGUGGUCAUUUUUUGCAGAGUAUAGAUCUUGCAUGCAGUCGAACAUAAGUUCUUUCGAAAGCCAACACCUUGAGGUAACUGGAUCAUUAUAGAUUUAUGCUGCAUCAUGAUUAGUUUUACAACACUACUUAAUUUAUCUUUUCGAAACGAGAACGCAUUUCGAAAUUUUGUUUGACAUUUCAUGAGUUAGCACAUCUACUGUAGACUUAACUAUGUUUCUUGGACGGCAUAUAUGAAAAUGCCCUUUCUUGCAUUUUUUGGUUGCAAACCACUUCUUCCAUUUGUUAUGCUCAAGGAAAAGGUAGCUCGCAGUUUCAAAAAAAAAGUUUUUUAAUUCCCGCAUAGUUUGAAGUCAAAACUUCCGUUGCCCUUGCUUUUCGAAUUACAACUGUGCAGGCUAUAUACGUUCCAUGUGUGGAAAAUCCUAUAUCGUCCUUGUGCUGACAUGAAGACACCAUAUAGGACCCAUAAAAUGUUUCGGCGAAUGUGAACUGUGUUGUACGCUUCAUAAGGAGCAUCAAUAUGCAGACUGAUACGCUGAUAUUUGACUGAGCACUCUAUGACCAUACAAAUCUUACAAUUUUAAAUUCUUAGACUAAAAACUAACAUUCUGCCUACAUCAUGCGCCGCUGUGCGGCAGCUGGUUGGGAUCGAGGGAGAGGUCGUAAGACACAACGGAACGAGUGAGUUCCGUAUGAACGAUCGGUGAGCGCCUCCCCCCACCCCCUCUACCAUUGUACAUUCCCGACCGCAACCGACAGGACAAAGAAUCCGUGGCUCAGUGGUUAGAGGCGUUGGACUCCUAACCGAUCGCGAGUUCGAACCCCAGGUGUCCCACACCUCGGGAUCGAGUAUGUCUGCCUGACGACGGCUAAUAAGACAGGAAUAGUCAUUCCAGUCUCCUUUACCUUUGUCGUCAAUAACAUUCUGGCUAUAUCAUGCGCCGCUGUGUGGCUGCUGGUUGGGCUCAAGAGAAGGCCUGUAAGGCGCAACGGAACGAGUGAGUUCCGUAAGAACGAUCGGUGAGCGACCCUCUACCAUCAAAAACUAUUCCUUCGCACAUUAAAUUUAAGGAAAAAUUGACUUCCUGUAAAAUGAGCAUAAGAAAGGAUGUCUUUGUGUCCGCUGUCUAUUAGAUAUGUCUGAAAUGAUAAGGUGACAGAAAAGAGUGAGGAAAACUAUGUUACGUAAGUGGUCCUUUUUCACUAAAUUGUACUUUUUGAGAGCGUCUGAAAAAACUGGCGUCCUGGUGUGGCUGAGGCCUCUCGGGACUAGGCCGGGCGAUUAUCAGUAGUAGAACCCCACCUACGUUCUCAUUUUUAUACGAAAACACAGUUCAGAAUGUUUGUCUAUGCUAUGCGCUGCCUAUUGUGACGAUAAAGGUUGAGAUGUUUGGGCAGAUUUCAAAUGAUUCACUUUGACCCACUUGUGAAAAACUCCGUGCCCCUCCCCUUGCUGUCGCGGGUUCGAAUCCCACCGAGGCGCGGAGUUUUUCACAGUUGGGCCAAAGUGAAUAAAAGUUGAAUCAAACGACCUCGCAGCUGCGUCAGGCAGCGGCAUUAGAUCGGCGAAACACGCGUGCCUGGGCUUUUAGCUAAUACCUGUGUUGUUAGUACGGUAAAUCAUUGCACAGUUCUAUACUACUGGCUGCCUGUUGGCGGUUUGUGAAUAUUAAGCGGUUAUUCCGCAGUAGCUGGUGGAUUUCAGCUCAAAUAUUCAUAUAAAAAUUUGGAGCGUGCCUGAAAAAGCCCGUUUCGAAAGAUUUACUCCAAGUUCGCGCAUUAAUUUCCUCGGAAAUUAAACAAGGCAAGUUAAAACUGGAGUUCAUAUACCAGUAAACACACGGGGAAAGAUGGGGGACCCACUGACGAUCCGAACCCCUCGCAGCUGCGUCAGGCAGCGGCAUCAGAUCAGCGAAACACGCGUGUCUGAGCUUUUAGUUAAUACCUGCGUUGUUAGAACGGUAAAUCAUUGCACAGUUCAGUACUUUUAUAGGCACCUCAAGGACGAAUGUCCACGGAAGACGUUAGCAGUAGGAGGCGGGAUAGGGGUGGAACCUUUGGACUCGACAUCCCGACACAGUUCCUCAAAAGAAAGCACUUCGUUCGGUCAGGUGACUCAGAGAGAAUAUGUCUUAUGGAAGCGGUGGUGGUGGUGAAUGACCGCAGGCUCCUUUGAGAAAAAAGAGCAUGACGGCGCAUUUUGCCCAUUUUAGCGACAUUGUUAGUGUCCUAUUUAUCGGACAAAGUUAAGUUUCGGGGGCUCCCAUGAGCACUUCAAAAGAGCAUCUGGCGAGCAUACGCAUGCUUUUGAUAAAUUUUCAUCGGGCCUGUACAAUUACUUGGGAACGAGGCACAAACCGAAAAGUGCGCGCGAUAAGAGCAAUCGAUUACGGCUCGUCGUUUUAUGCAAACGGGGUGCGUAAAUAGAGGGGGGAGGGGGAGAGAGGAGGCAGUAAGUGACGGUGAGGGUUAGGUAGGGCCGUGUCACAGGGGGUGAAGGGGGACGGGGACGCGGAGACAUGCAUACAGUUAAUCGAUCCUGGCCCACGGCAGACGCGGAGCGUGCGAGAGGUCCUUCUGCGUGCACAGGACCGGCCCUGUAGCCUGAUGGCAGUCGCUUCUGCUUUUGCUGGUAAGCACUGACUCAGUGACUUAGGGUAGUUAGGCAGGACCUUGAAAAUCACACGGAAGGCUUUGUUGUGAUCCACACGAUGCCCAGAAUCAACCAUGUGUUCGAGGAUGGAGCUGUGUAUGCUCUUAACCUCCCCUUUCCCCGGCCAUGCCGGUAGGUGCUCUCGUCUUAUUGUGGAUAUGCGCCGACUCGUACGACCAAUGUGGCCUUCUCCACAGGAGUUAAGCUUGUCCACCCCAAAUCAUUAUGAUUCUAAUGUACGGCGAAUUUCUGAGUCGACACGCGGAAACGUAGAUCGAUCGUGCAUUUUCUUCAUCAACGAGUAGACAAACGAACAAUUAAAGCGAUACGCCAGUUUCCAGGUUGUCGGUAAAAUUAUUUUCCAGGACUGGGGACUUCCAUGGUGUUGCAGUCAUUAUAUUACCCUAUAUUCAUGCUCGGUCCUCAAACAGCCCCACUGCCAGUAAUCGCUCCCGGAGGUAAAUGGUUGGCUUUUCUAAAUGGCAAGCGAGUACAGCAUUCUGACCAAACUCUACAACUUAUAAAGCAGACCGUCUGGAAAUCCAAACAAUAUUCAUUUGAUUGUUUUCAGUUAAUUCGGCGUACGGUAACGAACGAAAAAGUCCAUUCGUUCGUAUUUGCCUUUAUUCCAGGUUAAUAAACGAGGAUAUUUGACCUAAUAUGUAGAAAUCUCAUUCUAGCCAGACAGUUGCUGUAAGCUUGAUGAUGGGCAUUUUUAAAUAAAGGGACACAGAUAUUGCCUUCCUUUACUAUGGCCUAUCUUUAAAAUGUCAAGCUUGAGACCUCGGAGAAGCGCCUUUGAGCCUCGGUAUUCGAACUCAUCGUGCUGACAAGAGGUCGCUGUUCACAAGUCAAGCUGUUCGGACGCCGUGUCGGUCUUCGCUGAUGGCGUCUCAGUCGCAGUGACCACGGAAGGAGUUAGAUUUCUCCCUGAAAUUGUGAACUAUUUCUAAUUCCUAAGUAGAUGCCUUCUGUUUAACUUAGGGUGUUCGACCUCAGUAAGGUCAUAUACGAACUUGAAUGACCCUCAAACCGGGAGAGGGGCGCUUAAGCAGAAUGAAAUUUUCAAAUCUCAAGGAGGUGGAAAUAAAGGAUGAUGAUGAUGAUGAUGAUGAUGAUGAUGAUGAUGAUGAUGAUGAUGAGGAGGAGGAGGAGGAGGAGGAGGAUGAUGAGUGGACCUAUUGA